UGUUAUUAAAUGAGUGUCGUCAUCAGGACUGGAGUUGCGGAAGUGGCUGCGCUGUUUGCAGAGGACCAGAUCUGCUGGAGGACCAGAGGUGUGAGCUCGGUCUGGACCUGUCCAGCGACCCUCCGAUGGAUGUGAAUUAUCAACAAACAUGAUCGCCUGAGCUCAGUUUCGACCCCUCAGUUCCGGUUUCGUUCGCCUUUAAACCCGGACCGGUCAGGGCGGAGCUGCAUUUGGAGCUAUGGGUGCGCUACAGUCCUUACCUGGUCAACCAGAAUAUAUUGAUCUGGCGGAAAAAACGGGCUUUUCAUUCGAACAGAUCGGAGUCCUGCACAAAAGAUUCAAACAACUGAGCCACAAUGAGGAAACUCUCCGGAGAGAUCACUUCAAUGAAAUCCCAGAUCUGGCCUGCAAUCCAAUCCGAGCGCAGAUAGUAGAGGCUUUCUUUGACAGGAGAAACUUCCGUCAGAACGGCGAGGGGACGGUGGAGGAGAUCGGUUUUGAGGAGUUCUUGGUGGUCAUGUCUCAUUUCAGGCCUCCGUCGCUGCACAUGACAGAAGAACAGCGCGAGAGCGUCAGGAAAGAGAAACUGAGAUUUUUAUUCAACAUGCAUGACACUGACAACGACGGGACAAUCACCCUCGAGGAGUACAGACAUGUGGUGGAGGAGCUGUUGUCUCGUAGCGGAGCACUGGGGAAGGAAACAGCCAAAAGUAUUGCAGAUGCAGCCAUGCUGGAGGUGGCCAGUAUAUCAAUGGGCCACAUGGAACCUGAUGAAUUCUAUGAAGGAAUCACUUUUGAGCAUUUCCUCAAGUUGCUGAAUGAAUUUGAAAUCGAAUCAAGAAUGAACAUUCGAUUUUUGAACAUGGACACGACAACCCUGUGUAAGUGAGGUUGGUACACUAUGAUAAGCUGAGACUGUGGGAAACGUCAGACGAUGCAAAAUUAUUAUUUCACUGUAGCAUUAUUGUUUCUGUAGUUUGCCGCUUGCACUGAAUAUAUGCCUUACUCAUAUUUAACUAUGCAAAUCGAAAGGCAAUAUGUAUGUUGUGGAUGUAUUAGAAGUAGCUUAUUUGAUUGUAAGCAAUAAUAUUACAUAAUCAAAUGUAAAGAUAAACUAUGAAUAAUUCGAUAAAGCAAUAAUAACCAAAUAUCCUUGACUGCGUAACAGACAAUAUGACUUUUUGCAUGCAAAUAUGGAUGCUUGAAGAACCUUUAAUACUGUUAUUGCCAUAAAUAUAAACUCUCAGUAAUCAGGGAUAUAAAGGUUUGUCUUUAAAUGUGUCUCAUAACAGUAAGACGGUAAUGAAAUGCCUUUUCCUAAUGUCACAAAUAUGACACUUGGUGCAUGCUUCGCACACUGUAUUUGCACAAUAAAAGAUCCCAUGAAACGGA